GUACGUUACAAUGUAACAGCGUAACAGAAAUAAAAAUCGUGCUUGUCGUGUUGCGAAACUUAUAGCGCCACGUGAUAACCAUUAUUUACUUAAUAUUUACAUUUGUUUCGUGAGUAUUAAGAGAACAUGACCAACGAAAAUUACGAGGCUCCUUUAAACAAAAGUUUUCAAAACGUCGCGCGCAAUACUGUCCAGUAUGAGAUUGCGCACAUGCGAUAGAACGAAGUUACAACAUUGCAUUAACAUUUGGUUCAUGCAUUUUCUUAUAUUUAAUUCUCACGUCAUCAUGUUUUAUAACAACUUUUUAUUUUUAACAACGUAUCAGAAAAUUUUUAGAUAAAUUCGAAAUUUUAUGAUUUCUCGGUCAUUUAAAAGAUCAAGAAGAGGGCGCUCGAUUUCAAAGAGGAUACUCUCUGUCCAGUUUCCCCGCCAGAUGACUCGUUUGUUGAUAACUUUACGUUCGAUGAAUAUCGGAUACCGAUCGGACGGCUUACGAAGCCGUUUGGUCAAUACAUAAGAAGCUCAUCGCAAAACUUGAGAAAGCAUAAUGUGCAUGUGACGCGAUAUCAAUAAUCGUGUAUCGUGUGGUACGCGGUGCGUGUUCAUCUUAUCGAAAAGAAAACAUUAGUAAUAAUGAAAUUGUGCGAGAAAUAAAGGAGAAACGUGUCCUGGAUCGCGAAUAACAAAAAGUUGCAAGAGGGGUGUUAUUUCUUAUAGUUGAAGGAAAGGUCAACCCUUAUUUGGAUCCUAUACAAUGUACCGGCGCCCCACACCCACUGACUGUUUGUCCUUUAAAUCUAACCCCUUGAGACGUAUUCGAGGAUAACAUGCCGUCUACUAUAUGCACCUAUUAUCAAUACUGUCACUACUUGCAAGUAAUACCUUACAAUACAAAACAACCUUAGGAUAUUUAUAUCUAUAUGCAUAAUUUAUAUCUAUGACAUAAUCCUGACUGUAAUAACACUGAAGUCAACAUGUAUGCAUUAAAAAUGCAAACUGCCUGUCAGAGUGAAGGCAGUGGGGAACCAGAUGAUCCUAGUAGCCAUCACCAAGAACCUGUUAGGCCUCCUGCACAAGAUUGUAGUUCGUUUGACAUUGUUAGAGCAACGCAGUUUGGGGCUUUGGAUAGAGUAACUGAAUUAGUAGAAGCUGGUGCUGAUGUAAACCAGCCAGACUCAGAAACUGUUACAUUGUUACACUGGGCUGCGAUAAAUAAUCGCAAAGACAUUGUAAAAUACUUGAUUGCAAAGGGAGCUGUUGUUGAUGCAAUUGGUGGUGAGCUUGCUUCCACGCCGUUACAUUGGGCCACAAGGCAGGGCCAUUUAUCUACAGUUGUGAUAUUAAUGAGAGCAGGGGCAGAUCCCACUCUCAGAGAUUCAGAAGGAUUCUCAUGUAUUCAUUUAGCAGCACAAUUUGGUCACACAUCUAUCGUUGCUUAUCUAGUCGCGAAAGGAGUAAAUCCAAAUAUGCCUGACAGAAGUGCAAUGACACCCCUUAUGUGGAGUGCCUAUAAAGUUAAUAGUUUCAUUUUUUACAGUUUAGAUCCAACACGCUUGUUACUAACUUUAGGAGCAUCUCAUUCACUUGCGGAUAACUUACAUGGCAAUACUGCUUUGCAUUGGGCUAUUAUAGCAGAAAAUAGUACAGCAAUAUCAACGUUAGUUCAUCAUGGUGCAUCGUUAGAUGUGCCGAAUAUUCGGGAUGAAACACCAAUGACGUUACUGGGUCGUCAUAUUGGCGCUGCCUGGUUAGGACAUAAAAUCAGUCAAGAAAUCAGAGAAAGGCAGGGUAGAACAAGAACAUGGUGUAGAGACAAAAGAAUACGUUGGUACUGUAUGGUCAGUACACCAUUCAUAGUUUUCUAUGUGAUUGGAAUGAUUUUUCAAAGUGGAUUGGAUUAUUUAGUAAAAUUAGGUGCCUUUGUCACUCUUUACAUAGCACUAUAUUUAGCUAAUCAUUUUGUCUUUGACGAACGAUUAUUUCACAUUAUACCAAUGUCAAUUUAUUUGGCUACAAAGAUGUGGAUAUAUGUUACAUGGAUAUUUUGGUUAGGCGUACAUGCCGCAUGGUAUUUAUGGUUGUUAUUAGUAGGCGGAUCGGUACCACUAUGGGUAUGUUUCUUACAGUCCUGGAGGGGUGAUCCAGGUGUAAUAACAGCUACACACGAGGACAAAUUAAAUACGAUUAUAGAGUUAGCAGAAUCUGGUGGUUUUGAACCACAAUCAUUUUGCAGCAGUUGUUUGGUCAGAAGACCUAUGAGAUCUAAACAUUGUUCAACCUGUGAUCGAUGCGUGGCACGAUUUGAUCACCAUUGUCCUUGGGUCAACAAUUGUAUUGGUGCGCAUAACCACAAGUAUUUCCUGGGAUUUUUAGCUUCAUUAUUAGGCCUUUGUAUCGUUGUUUUAUCCGCUAGUGUACAAUAUUGGCAAUUCGAAUGUUGGACAAAUUUAACAAAUGGCCAUAGCGCUGAUAAUUACCUAGUCGCUGCAGCUACGUGUGACGCUUGGGUAAUGUGGGUCACUGCAAAUACGUCUUUACACUUCUUUUGGGUUGGGACACUGUUAGCUUGUCAGUGUUAUCAGAUUAUGGUUCUUGGAAUGACAACGAACGAGCGUAUGAAUGCCGGACGAUACUCGCAUUUCAAACAGGGAAAUCCUUUCCAUCGAGGUGCUAUUCAGAACGCAGCUGACUUUUGCAACAUAAGUUUCUGUGGGAUAAAAGCGAAGCCCAGUUCAGACUGGUUGCAGAGUUUUGAUCAUAAACAAAGCAUCGAAAAAUUACCUCUACUCGCUACGAAAGACAACUUCCAAUACAUUUAGGAUUUUUCUAAACAGUCAGACAACUGUCAUGGAAAAUACGUAAUUUAGCCAUCAGAAGCUAAUGGUGUGUCAUAUCAUUUUUAUGCCUGAAACAUUUGCCGGACUACCAAAGAGUUACUACAAUAUCGGAAGUGACUUUUCAGGAAGGUAGUGAUUUUACAUAUUCACAGAUUUGAAAUUGCAUACUGUAAACCACAUUUCCUACAGUCAGUGAAUAUAAAUUUUAUUAUUCAUCCACUGUAAAAGACUGUUCUUACGAUGUAAGUAUGCAUAUCCCGCCUUUGCGUAUUCUAUUUUCCAAAUACGAGAUAGAAAAAUAAGUUGCACAAGUACUUUGACUCUAUUUUUACGAAGGAAAAUUAUAAGAAACUUCUUUUUUCUCUAUUAUACUUUUCGCUACGGUUUACUUAAUGUAAACGGAACGUUAAUAUAAUUGAUUAAAAAUAAUUUACUUUAUACUGCAUUGUAAAUAUUUAUAAUUUUCGCGCAGUCGUAACGUGAUCAUUAAAUACGAGUAUGUUAACGUUCGAUUGCAAAUUUUUUAGUUACUCUUUAAUAUUUUAUAUCCUAACGAGUGGUAGAUUCGAUCUAUAAAUAAUUUACUCGAGAAAGUACAAUUUUAAUCGUACUGAAAGACGGAAUACCUUUAUAAAAAGUAACCAUGACAGUCGGUUCUACAAAAUCAUUGUAUAAUGUAUUUUUACCAAUAUUAUUUAUUACAAUUAUUUGUACUUUGUAGCUUUUAAGCGUUGCGAAAAUUCGUAACGAACAUUAUGAACAGCAAUAUCGUCAUGAUUCUUGCUAAGAUCGUGAGAUUUCUAUAUUAAACGUAAGGAAUUCAGAAUUAAUAUGCAAAGAAACACCAACUUCGUAACUUGAAAAGUGUGGCAUAUUUAUAAUGUGUAAAUUUUAAUUGAACAAAAGAAUCAAAUGUUAUGCAGUAUGAUUAUAAAGAAAUAAUUAUAUUGCAUAUUACUGUUGGCUAUUUAAUCCGUUUUUCGUACUUAAAAAUAAGUUUACCUGAUUUAAGUGCCAUGCUGCUACUCUUUCAAAGACAUCCACGUACACGCGUUUACAAAACAUUAUGAUCGAACUCAGUGAUGGGUAACCGCGCUCGUGAGGAAUGAGCACAGUAAGCUCUCACUAUAUUGCCAUUAUAACUGGCAAUAUAGAAGGAGGUAUUUUUAUGUAGCAAUUGGAAGUUUGUAAAUUUGAAAAUUUCAUAGCUUAUUAACGCAAAAAUAGUUUGCAAAUUUCGAAUUUAAAAAAUUUGGAAGUUUGUAAAUUUGACAAGUUGAUAACUUGAAAAAUAUGUCAAUUUGAAAAUUUGUAUUCUUUUUCUCGCACAUCUCACUGCUGCAUGUACCGUGCUGUCCGUGCCUAUCAUUUCCUCAGCGGACACUUUCAUCUACUCAUCACUGCUCUAACUUUAUAAGAUUUGAUUAACGUUGGCUGUUGUAUCUAAUCUAUUAUUGCAUUGCGUGAGAAAAAGGUUUUAACGAUAGCUAUAUCAAAUAUUUACAUCGUAAUAUAUAUAUAAAUAUAUCAAUUGUUUACAUCUGUUUUAAUGGAUGUCAUACUUUAAUAAUAUCGUAAAAUUUUCAAUGAGAUAUCUUAUUAAUUGUACGUAGUAAAUUGAACAAGAGAAGAGAAAAAGGCAUGAGAGGAGUCUAACACAUUUUUGUACGAUAAUUACACACGUGACGAUAGAGAUAUUACUAGAAUAUAAUCGUCGAAUGUUUUACAUUCCAAAACUGUACUUCAAUGUAUAAUUGCGAAUCUUUUCUUUUAUCUGUAAUAUUAGUACGUUGUUAAGAACGUAUGUUCCCUUUUAUAGUCCGAGAUUUCACUGUUAAGGUUGCAAGUGCUAUGUCAAUUCCACUUUCUAGCAUUAUUGAAUAUAAUAAUUACUAAAUAUUGGUACUGUGAGAGUUGUGUUGCACGCACAAUUAACGCAGAAAAAUGAAUAUUUAAUUGCAUCCUUAACAAGAUACAUUUAAGCGAAUUAAAAGUCUUAUUUCAAAAAUGUUUAAGUACAGGUCAAACUAUAUGUAUGUGUACAUUUCUGCCAAUGAUCAUGUGAAGGAAUUAUUUAUUUCUAAUACUAAAGAGGUAUAUUAAAAGAGUGCAUACGUUCUUAAUAGUGCAUUUCCAAUAGGUGCCUAAAUGUCUGAUCAUUAUCUUAUACAAAUUUAUGAAAAACACUAUGAGAAUGCAUCAAAACUUUGAAUAUAUUUUAAACUUACGGUCUUAUUUGUAAUACAAACUGAAGUAAGUUUUCAAUAGUUUUCAAACACGUUGUUUCUUCGUUAAGCAUUAUUGUCUCUUCGAUAACGACUAAAGAUAGGAAUUGUAUAUUAUAAUUUCAUCGUUCUUAGGCCAUUCGAUUGCGUACGACCAAUUACUUUAUGUCCAUAAUCAAACUAGUUACUAUUCCUCUUGAUUUAGCAACUUUUUCCGGAAAUCUUUCAUGUACGCGUGUACAGAGAAAAAUUAACAUUCGGUACAUUUGUCCAACUAUCGUUAAUUAAGAACAAGUUUUCAAUUUUGACUGUUUGUACAGAAUGUUAAAGAGAUAUUUGUACAAAACGUUGGAAACGUACAUAUAAGAUUAAUGAUAGAUUUGAACGAUGAUAUUACAAAUAUGAAUACUCCAUGAAACAUGUGUAUAAAUACUAUAAAUACAAAUGUAAGUUAAUUACUUUCUAACAUACUAUUGAUUACUUAUAGAAGUGUUUCUUAAAUAUUUCUUUUGACUGAUCGAUAAGGCGUUUAGUAUUUAUGUAUAUUUCCGUUUCUAGUCCAGUUGAUAUUAUUCUAAUUUGAUAUCUAGAUUAUAUUUACUUCGUGUGAGCAAUGAAAUGCAUUAAAACUGUAUAGCGAGUAGUUUAUUCGUUUUACUCUGAGUGCAUGCGAGCUACUUUUUUCAUGCGAUCCGCUGCGAUCGCACGGUAAAAAGUCGCGUGUAUGCGACGGGUCUUAUUAGGAAAAAUAAACAAAUUCUACAAUUAAUGGUCCGUUAUCAACGAAUAAAAAAUUGUAUUAUAACAUUUUGAGAAACAUACACGUAACAAACAGAUAAACAUAAAGAACUUUUAUAAUUAAGAUUUUUAACGUUUAAUUUCUAUGCUGCAAAAGAAUUGCUUCGAAAAAUAUGAUAAAGGAUAAUUCCAGAUUAAGACUCAUAAGAGAAAAUUUAGAAUAAAUGAACAUAUGAAUAUUUAGGAUUCUAGUUGAAGUUUUUGGUGAAAGAAAAGUAAUAUUAGUUGUAAAAUCUUUUUGUGACCUGUUAAAAAUUUGUGAAUUAUAAACCUCCUCGCAAGCGUUACACCGUCGCAUAGAUGAGGUUACUACUACUGUACUAAAUCGUAUUAAGCUAAUUACACCAUUCUACUUCCAAUUGAAUUUCAUGUAAAUAGCAGUGUCUUCUAUUUCAAAUAACGUUUCCCGUUCGAAAUAGUUUGGAAGAUGGGGGAGGGAGCAGGUGUAAAAAGAACUUUUGGUAACCGAUAAAAGAAAUUGAAUCAAAAUUAUUAUUAUUAUGUGUUUAUAAAAGAAAUAAAGAGGAGAAAAAUUA